AGGGUUGAGAUCAGGGGACUGAUGUAACCAUUGCAUACAUUUAAUUCUGUGGUCAGUAAAGCAUUUUAUUUGCAACUGGAAGAAUGGUUUGGGUCAUUGUCGUGCUGUGAGAUCCAGUGUUGACUCAGUCUUAAACCAAUAAUCCUCUGAGCACCAAUACAUUAUAAAAACCUUCUGAAAUUACAACUCAAAAAUGUUGACGAAAUCCCAUGUGUAGCACUAUAAGUGCAUAGCAACUGAAACAUUGAUCUGAAAAUAGAUAGUAUUUACCCUCCAUCCAGGUCACCUUAACCAGGCUUCUCUCCCUGUUCUGUUUGAACUAGCGUGAUCACACAGAUAACAGGAGCACUAUCAGCGCUCCGGGAGGGAAAGAUAAAAACACAGGACAAAAUGACAUUUACUUUUUGGUAAUUUAGCAGACAAGACCAUUCAAAGUGACUUACAGACAAGGGCAUAAGAAAAGAUCAUUCACCUUGUCGCCUUUGGGGUUUGAACCAGCAAAAAACUGGACCAACGCCUUUGUCUCUAUUAUUCGGGGCAAACUGAGUAAGCAAGAAAAACAGUCUUUGUCUGGCUUUUAACUUUUCUGCGCUGUGUGAAAAGACAAGGUAAGUCAUGUGCCCCUCGGCUGGUUGCUCCCUCAUGCUGUGAGUUUAGCGAUGGGCUUCUAGUACCACAUUGAUUCCCUUCAGCUGUGCUUUGAUUCUCAAGGUGUCUCACUUUUAUGUAGUGGUUCUAUGCUCUGGGAAACAAGAGGGUUUGAGUAUUUUCUGGAGCCUAAGGAACAAUGUCUUCCUGGCUGGUUGGAUGACUGGCUGGCUGGAUGACUGACUGAUUGCAUGGCUGGAUGACUGGAUAACUGACUGGCUGGCUUAGUGGAUGGCUGGCUGCAUGGCUGAAUGACUGGAUGAAAGGCUAACUGGAUGACAAGCUGGCUGGGUGAAUGGCUGCAUGACUGCAUGACUUGCUGGUUGGAUGGCUGGCUGGAUGUGUGAGUAGCUUGUUUGCUGGCUGGCUGGCUGGAUGGGAGAGUAGGUUGUUUCCGUCUCUGGACAAGACAGACACUUUCAAAUAAGUUGUGAAUACAGUAGAGGGCAUUUAAUGUUAACUGAAGUGUCUACUUUCUCUCAGCAUGGUGAGGCAGGGAGUUGGCCGUCUCUAUCUGAUAUUGGCGUGUCUUUCCCUGGCUCUGCAUCUGUUCCUGGUCCUCUUCUGUCUCUCCGUUCUUCAGACAUCCUGCCUCCUCCAACCCACCUCCUCUUCCUCCAUUUCUUCAUCUCUCUCUGGAGCCGCUCCCCAUGAUCGACAGGGCAGCAGCUCACACAAACCACUGCCAGGCCACCAGAAUGGAGUCACUGCAAGGUCCGCCCACAUAGACCACAGGGACAAGGCCUCGUUUGACAUGGCUGUUGAGACGGGGAAGGACAGGAAACUGAUCGGAGCCGGAACGGCCACCAAAAUGGCCCACGGUCAUUCCAAGCUGGAGGCCCUCUUCAGCCACCCCCUCUACAAUCUGCCCUGGCCACCGCUGCUGGAAGACGAUUGGCUACUGAAGCUGAAGCCGAAGAAGAAGAAUGGGGAAGACAGCAAAGAGGAGGAAUGGGAAAGUGAUAAAAGCAGCGAAGACAGUGAGUGGCAGAGUGACAGCAAGGAGGAAGGCUACGACCAAGCUAAUUGGACGAGUAGCACGGAGACCCACCCCCCUUGGCUGAGUUACCACUUGGGAAUCACACGCUGGGAGCUUUAUGACAGGAAGGACCCCAAUGUUGCUGAGGUGAUUCAACAGAUGGCCACGCAACCCAUCCUCAGCGCAGUGCAGAAGAGUGGAGGCACGCAGCUCAAGCUCAUUGUAUCAUUCCCCAACUAUGGACAAGCCCUCCUCAAACCCAUGAGGCAGGGGAGGGACGCAGAGACAGAUGUGAACCUUUUCUACUUCUCCGACUUUGAGAGGCACAACGCUGAGAUCGCUGCCUUCCACCUGGACAGGGUGUUGGGUUUCAACAGAAUCCCUCCAGUGGUUGGUAGGCUCAUCAACGUCACGGCGGAGAUCAGAGGUAUCACCACAGACCACAAACUCUCCAGAACCUUCUACACUUCACCUGUGGGUAACGUGUGUUUCCACGGUCAGUGUGAGUACUACUGCACCACAGAGAGCCCAGUGUGUGGUCGACCCCAGGUCCUGGAAGUGUCCCUGGCAUCCAUGCUGCCUGACCUCUCCCUGGCCCCCCGGCGCACCUGGAGGUCUCCCUGGAGACGCUCCUACAGCCGCACCAAACUGGCACCAUGGGAGAAGAACCCAGAUUACUGUGUUAAAGUGAAGGAGACUCCUCCAUACAGCGAAGGCACCAGACUAGUGGAUUUCAUAGACAUGGUCGUUCUGGACUUCCUCAUGAGCAACAUGGAUCGACAUCACUAUGAGACCUUUGAGAAGUUUGGGAAUGAAACAUUUCUCCUGCAUCUAGACAACGGACGGGCAUUUGGUCGCCAUUCUGUGGAUGAACCGUCCAUACUGGUGCCUUUACGAAUGUGCUGCAGGAUCCGGCGCUCCACCCUAAUGCGCCUGCGCCUCCUGUCCCUCCCAGGCCACCGUCUGAGUGAUGUCAUGAGGGAGUCUCUGUCCCGGGACCCCCUGGACACAGUUGCCCCCCUCCUCUCGGAGCCACACCUCACUGCGUUGGACCGUCGCCUGGCAACUGUCCUACAGGCUGUGAACAGUUGUAUGGGGCACCAUGACAACGUUAUUCACGAUGACUUGGAGGAAAACGCUGCUCACAGAAACAUAGGACAAUAAUAAGGACUACAGCCAUGACCAACACCAUGACAACACUGUUCACGAUGACUUGGAAGAAAACCCUGCCCACGCAACCAUCAAACAAUAAUGACUGCGAUUUAGCACAGCCUUCUGCACAACAUCUGAUUGGGUUCAGCUGCGAUUGCUGAAGAGACAGUAUUGAUCAAUCUGUUCUUUACAGAGUACUUUCCUGGCACAGUUUGUCUGCUUAUGACGGUAAUGACAUUUAAAGGAUGAUAGUGUGACGUCACGUUACCAGGGUGAUGCGGUUUGACCGGAAUUUUAACCAGUUACAACAAUGGCAGAACUCUGUGGAAGAAGAAUGCUGUAUAUCAGGAUGUCAAGGUGUACAUAAAUGUCAAAACAACCUACUUCAGUCUAUUUAUAGCAAACAUUCCAGUCCUUGUCCCUGACAAAUAACAAAGGGAGCAAAUGUAUGAUAUAGACUGAUGCCUAGGCUACCUCCUCUGUCUAAACAGAGUCAGAUCAAAGGUCUUCUACAGGUCCCUGAUAAUCAUGUGUCAUUAUCACACGUAUGUCACUAUGUAAAAAUAACACUGACAAUCCAAUGUAGCGUGGCCCAGGCUGUUCCAGUUAUCCGAGCCGUUGCCUUUGUUUUGAAAUCUGAUCCAGAGCUCUUUCAACAAACGUCAUUCCCACCUUCCCCCGUCUUUAUGAAAUAAUGCUUGCAAUUUCUAUUAUUUGUUUUUAAGCUUCCUUCUAGCAAUGACUGGGCAAAUUUUUUAUUUUAUUGUGUACUAUGCACUUAUUCCUGCUGGGUAAUGAGGUUGCCCCAUCUGGCUAUGUAACUAAGUUGCUCUGGAUAAGAUGUCUGCUUACUGACUAAAAUGUCAACUAUAUAAGAUUUUAGCAUCUCUCUGUCAUUUCCAUCUGUUGCUAUCAAUAAAAAGAAAAAAAUAUAUAUAUUUCAUAUACAUGAAAAAAAAGGAAGGAUACUGUACCUAUUGAGCAAGUGUGUUACAGUAGAUUCAGCAGGGGGGGUCAAUUCUUGAAAUGCAUCAGGCCGGGGGGCCGGAACAAACUUGCAUCAUUUGUAAAACCAAAACCAAAAUUCCCAAAAGAGAUUAAAUUCGAAAAUAGUUCAUUUUAUACAGUCACCUAAAUAAGAGAUUUAGUUAAAACACCACCCGGUGUUACCACGGCCCCCUAAAACACUCAUCACUGUGACUUCUAUGCUCUGGCACACCUGCCCCUCGCUAAAUACACAACACUAGACAUGUUUGUAUCAACUUAAGUCCCUCCAAGACCAAACCCUACUUUACUUCUGGUUGCCCCUCAUGUAUGACAAAAACUCAAUGAAAAUGUGCCCUUCAACAGAUGCCUUUCACUGCUCAAUCCUAAAAUCAGGAUUUCUUUGGCCCUUCAUUCUUUUGGUUCCCAUCCCGUCAACGUAAAAUCUAUGCGAUGUAAUCAAUGGACAGAGGUUGGACCGCGGCCUAGGCUGGUUAAGAGGUCACGCUAACGCUAGUUGUGGUGCACAUUCUCUCAUCUGCCUCUUUCUUUCAUCAGCAAUAAAGCAUAAAUACCUACAAUUAUAACCCUGGACUGAUGUGCAAUGGUAUUUAAAUUUGAAGAUACUAUGGUUUGAAAAGCCAGGCUGAGUUACUGCCUGUUCCUGUACAUGUUUGCUCAUGGCUUGUUAAGGAAAACAACAGUAUGUGUCCCUUGGAGUAUUCUCUCUCUGGAAAAGGUCAAAAUAUUUUUUGAA